AUGGUGGCAGCAGGUCAAAUUAACCAGAAGCAAAUUGGGCAAACCGAAAAUUGUGACAUGGGAGAAGAAGAUGAUGUGGAGGAAUCCAAAGAUCCUAUAUUUGAUGGUGAAGAGGUCGUCGACGAAGAAGUAGUGACUGGUGACACAAGAAAGAUAUUGGUUGUUAGGCGUUCACGCUUAGCGCCUAAGGUUGCUGACGACAAUUGGCUAAGGCACAACAUUUUUCAAUCCACGUGCACUGUUCUUGGAAAGGUUUGUCGUUUCGUUAUUGAUGCUGGCAGCUGUGAGAAUAUUGUGUCUAUAGAGACAGUGCAAAAAUUGGGCCUCAAAACGGAUAAGCAUCCUAAGCCUUAUAAACUAGCUUGGCUGAAAAAAGGGGGCGAGGUAACCAUAUCACAACGUACAUUGGUUUCUUUCUCUAUUGGCGUGAAAUAUAAGGAUGUUGUGUGGUGUAGUGUGGUGGCGAUGGAUGCGUGUCAUUUAUUAUUAGAGAGGCCUUGGCAGUAUGACUGCCGUGUAAUUCAUGACGGGUGGACUAACUCAUACAAUUUUGUGUUUGAGAAUGUAAAGAUUGUGCUAAUGCCCAGCAGAGAGACGGAGAAACCGACAUCUAUGGGUGGAGAAACGAAGCUCUUGUCAUUGGCUAGGUUCGAAGAAGAGUUGGACGAGUCACAAUUGGUUUAUGUGCUAAUUGGAAAUGAGGUGGGCGCUGAGGUGACAAUCCCGACCGCAGCCGCAUCCAUAGUGGCUGAGUUUAUUGAUGUCUUCCCCGAUGAGCUUCCUGACGGUUUACCACCGUUGCGUGAUAUUCAGCACCAAAUUGUUCCGGAGUUAAGAGCAGCACUGCCAAAUAGACCCCAUUACCGGAUGAGUCCUGGUGAGCAUGAGGAGUUGAGGAGCGGUGCAACAGUGUUUACCAAAUUGGAUUUGAAGAGUGGAUACCAUCAUAUUCGCAUAAGGCCCGGCGACGAGUGGAAGACAGCCUUCAAGAUACGCGAGAGGUUAUACGAGUGGAUGGUGAUGCCUUUUGGAUUGUCUAACACACCAAGCACCUUUAUGCGUGUAAUGAGCCAGGCCUUGCGAUCAUUCAUUGGUAAGUGUGUUGUCGUUUAUUUCGAUGAUAUUCUGAUUUAUAGUGCUAACAAAGCAGAGCAUCUCCAGCAUCUACGGGCAGCUCUGUGUGUUCUUCGCAGGGAGAAAUUCUAUGUUGCUCUUAAGAAGUAUGUAUUCUUGGCAUUGAAGGUCUUAUUCCUUGGAUAUGUGGCCUCCGGCGACGGAUUGAAAGUAGAUGAGUCCAAGAUCGAAGUGGUAAAGCAAUGGCCGCAACCGAAGACAAUUACUGAAGUUCGCAGUUUCCAUGGACUUGCUUCCUUCUAUAGGUGUUUCAUCCCUCACUUUAACACCAUUAUGGCACCUAUAACAGAUUGUAUGAAGGGUGGAAAGUUCGUGUGGACGGAAGAAGCGGAGAAGGCAUUCCAGCUUAUCAAGAUGCAUCUUGAAACUUCUCCAAUAUUAGUCUUGCAUGAUUUUGCCCAACCCUUUGAGUUACACAGUGAUGCUUCUAAAGUGGGCAUUAGAGCAGUUUUAAGCCAAAACAACAGGCUGGUCGCAUAUAUUUAG